GGGCGCCGCCUUUCGAGUUUAUGCCUAGAGCGCCCCAUGCGGGUCGCUUAGCGCAUGACGUCAUCGCUGCUGCUGCAGCGCCGCUGUCCCCGCUAUGCUCAAGGCGAGUACGUUUUCCCAGUUUAUGCCUAGAGCGGCCCGAUCCGGGGGCCCUUGCGCGUCGCUUUGCGUCUUACGUCAUCGCCGCUGCACCGCCAUUCAGGAGCGGCGCUGUCCUCGCUGCUAUGUUCAAGGUUAAGCAGUUGGUGGCUGCUCCUGCUAGCCUGAGUUUCCAGGUAUAUGCUGCUGCUUCAGAAAAAGAAGCUUCCAAAAAGAACGUACUGAAAGUUGAUGAGCUUUCACUCUAUACUAGUCCAGCAGCAAAAUCAAAGUAUGUGGAAGAUCCACGAACACAGUUGGAGGAAGGCAUUGGUCAUGUGCGGCACUCCUUGGAGCCAUAUACAGGCUGGUUUCAGGAUUUUUCUGGUAAAGCCAAGCCCAAAGUAGAAAUGGCAGCUGAAUAUGGUAGAGAAGGAUAUGACCUACUCAAAAACCCACCUCCAGGAUUUUACCCGAGGCUUGGUGUCAUAGGUUUUGCUGGUGUUAUUGGAUUGUUCCUGGCUAGAGGUUCCAAAGUCAAGAGGUUUGUGUAUCCAGUAAGCUUCAUAGGGAUUUGUGCCUCUCUCUACUAUCCACAGCAGGCCAUUGCUAUUGGCAAGGUAACUGGUUCCCAACUGUACAAUUGGAGUCUACAGGCAUACAUAAAUAUAGAAUCUCUCUGGAAAGAUACCCCCAAAAAGAAAAAAUCUGCAAAAACAAGCGACAAGGCUGAUGCAGAGCGUGACAAAAUGGUGAAAGUACAAGAAGAAAAAGCAAUAAAAUAGGAUUCUCCACUGUUUCUUAUUUUAAAAGUAUAAAUGAAUAGAGAGCUUACAGAGGAUCAGCAGUUUCCUAGAAAAUCGCAGCAUCUGUCAUGACCGUGACUACAGUUUACCUGUGUUUUAGAUGCAGAAAGAAUGGAUCUUGCAGGGUGUCUGAAAAGCACCCUGUCUGAAUGUGAAAGGACACAGGCGUGCCUCUUCCACUUAUGCUCUUUAGAUUGGAGUUCUGUGGUGUGACUCAGAGCCUGCUUCAGGACCUGCAACUAUAAACUGUAAUCCUGAUCUGAAUUUGCAAGGAAGUAUGUUCCAUUGAACUUAGUGGGACUUAAUUCCAAGUAAAUGCUUGGGACUGGGCUGUGAAUUGAGCCUCAAAACUCGCCAAUCUCUUGUUACUAUUUAUAAGGCUUAAAUAAAGUGAAGACUUGAAAAUA